CCUAAAACACUACUUGUUAAAAACGGCGGGGUUGCCCAAAGGCUGGCUCCGCGACCACGAGGAAAGGGUUUUUUGAAGUAAUUUUUUGAACCAGACCACUCCACUCUACUCAUGGCGCUACUCCGUUCCCCUCCUCUCCAACUCCGCUUGCUCACUCAACGCCUCAUCCACUCGUCAACCAUACGCUUUCGUUCCCAGUCGGUGGCCUUCUUCCACUGUUCCUGCAUCUUGUCCCGGAACCAUCGCAUGGGUUUGGUCGGCGUCCGACGAAGGUUCGGAGUGGGAGUGAGGGCUUUUAUGUCUUCAACCUUCACUUCUGAAUCUCUACAAGGGAAGCCGGGUUCUUUAAGUUAUGGUCCUGACCAGAUUCAGGUACUUGAAGGACUUGAUCCUGUGCGCAAGAGACCUGGAAUGUACAUUGGAAGCACUGGACCCAGAGGGCUACACCAUUUGGUUUAUGAGAUACUAGAUAAUGCCGUCGAUGAAGCUCAAGCAGGAUAUGCUUCAAGAGUAGAUGUUGUUUUACAUGAAGAUAACUCUGUGAGCAUCACAGAUAAUGGAAGAGGGAUUCCAAUAGAUUUACAUCCUGUGACAAAGAAGUCCUCAUUGGAGACAGUGUUGACGGUGUUACAUGCAGGAGGGAAAUUUGGUGGUUUAAACAGUGGUUAUAGUGUCUCCGGGGGACUUCAUGGUGUAGGCUUGUCUGUUGUUAAUGCGCUAUCAGAGGCAUUGGAAGUUACAGUCUGGCGUGAUGGCAAGGAAUACUUCCAAAACUUUUCUCGUGGAAAGCCUUCAACUGCUUUAACCUAUCAGGUGCUACCAGCUGAUUUGUGUUCUCGCCAAGGGACUCGGAUCAAGUUUUGGCCUGAUAAAGAGGUUUUUACUACAACCAUUCAGUUUGACUUCAAUACUAUUUCUGGACGCAUUAGGGAGCUGGCUUUCUUAAAUCCUGAGCUUACAAUUACCCUGAAGAAAGAAGCGGGAGACUCAAAUGCACAAUAUAAUGAGUAUUGCUAUGCUGGUGGCUUACUUGAAUAUGUGAAUUGGUUAAAUGCAGAUAAGAAACCUCUUCAUGAUACUCUAGCAUUCAGAAAAGAAUCAGAUGGAAUCACGGUUGAUGUGGCUCUCCAGUGGUGUGCUGAUUCAUAUGCAGACACAAUGCUAGGAUAUGCAAAUAGCAUACGCACUGUUGAUGGGGGUACUCAUAUAGAUGGGAUGAAGGCUGCAUUAACAAGAACCAUCAACAACCUGGGCAAGAGGUCCAAACUUAUUAAGAAAUAUGUGCAGGAUAAGGAUAUAAGCUUAAGUGGUGAGCAUGUGAGAGAAGGAUUAUCUUGCAUCAUCUCUGUGAAAGUUCCAAGCCCAGAAUUUGAAGGACAGACAAAGACAAGGUUGGGAAAUCCAGAAGUGCGUAAAAUUGUUGAGCAAUGUGUUCAGGAGCAUCUGACUGAGUAUUUGGAGCUGCAUCCAGAUGUACUGGAUUCAAUUUUGACAAAAUCUCUUAAUGCUCUAAAGGCUGCUAUGGCAGCCAAACGAGCAAGAGAGUUGGUGAGAACGAAAAGUAUUUUGAGGUCUUCUUCUCUUCCAGGGAAGCUGGCAGAUUGUUCCUCUACAAAUCCUGAGGAAUCUGAGAUCUUCAUAGUUGAAGGCGAUUCAGCUGGUGGCAGUGCAAAGCAAGGUCGGGAUAGAAGAUUUCAGGCUAUUUUGCCCUUGAGGGGUAAAAUUUUGAAUAUUGAAAGGAAGGAUGAAGCAGCCAUGUACAAAAAUGAAGAAAUUCAAAAUCUCAUACUCGGACUUGGACUUGGAGUGAAGGGGGAGGAUUUUAAAAAGGAAUCUUUGAGGUAUCAUAAGAUCAUCAUUCUAACUGAUGCUGAUGUGGAUGGUGCUCACAUAAGAACUCUUCUUCUCACUUUCUUCUUUAGGUAUCAGAAAGCAUUAUUUGAUGAGGGUUGCAUAUAUGUAGGUGUUCCACCGCUCUAUAAGGUUGAGCGUGGUAAGCAAGUACACUACUGCUAUGAUGAAGCUGACCUCAAAAAAGUUCAGAGUUCUUUUCCUUCAAAUGCUACGUACCAUAUCCAGAGGUUUAAAGGCUUGGGGGAGAUGAUGCCUGUACAAUUGUGGGAAACAACCAUGAAUCCUGAUGCAAGGGUUUUAAAGAAGAUAGUGGUGGAUGAUGCUGCAGAAGCCAGUGUGGUUUUCGCUUCUCUUAUGGGCACUCGGGUUGAUGUUAGGAAGGAAUUGAUUCAGAACUCAGCCAGGAUGAUCAAUCCAGAGAACCUCGAUAUUUAGCUGAUUUUGCUCACAUUCAAUCUGAAUCUUUAUAUCUGAUUAACAGGCAGGCCUUAAAAAUUGAGAACUGGCAUUCGUACAAAAUUGCUUCUACUAUUUAUUCUUACAAAGUCAGAUCCAGCAUACUGGAAGAAAGUUUCCCAGUAGAUUUUCCACCUCGCAACACAGCCCAUGCAGCAGUAGGAUUUUGAAAUUAUUUCACUGUAUGUGAUUAUAUUUUGUAAAAUUUGUUUAUGAUAGUUUUAAUUGGGCAUCAUUAGUAUUUUUUUUUUGAAUGGUGGAUGUUGAAUUAAUUUUAAUCUUGAAGUAUGAACUGGUAUUGAUUGUUUUUGAAGACGAUGAUAUUAGUUCAAGCCCGA